AGAGUUAAUAUUAGGGUUUCUUUCAAACAAUAAAACGAUCAGGAAAAUAUGCAGUGGAAAUAACAUUUUUGCCGUAAUUCUUAGUUUUUUUUCUACUUCUUCUUUUUAGCUCAACGUUCCUACCGGAACUAGGUCUGCCUCUUUUCAUCUUGGUAUUUUGAGAACUUCCACAGUUAUUUUUAGAAGGAUUUCUUUGCAUGUCAAGGCAUGAAACUGUAUAUUGUGUGACAAUUACAAUGAUAAACUAUGCCCAGAAAGUAGUGAACAUUAUCCUGACCGCAAACGGAAUCGAAUCCGUCCUCACCAGAUAGACGAUCCAAAGUCUAUCCACAAAGCUCACUGAAGACCGAAGUUUUUGCCGUCCUACAAAAAUUUGAUAACCGCUUUCACGUUUAAAGCCUCUCUAAUAAUAAAUAAAUAAAUAAUAUAAUAAUCGCUAUUGAUAGGCAAUAUCGCAGGGAUUUGCGUACGGUCGUGCUGAACUGAGCCAAAUAUAACCGUUUCGAAGUUCAGUUUUCGGAUGACCAUGGGAGCAUUAACAGUUGUGGGAUUGGUGCUGACGCUAAGCUUGUCCAUCGUACAGUCGGCAGGAGGAACGGGGACCUGUGGAGAAAGAAAGUUCGCAGCUACUGCACUGAUUGCUCAUGCAUACACCGCACGGGAUGGUGCGUGGCCAUGGCACGGGGCAAUGUUCCAUAAAUACAACGAAGGUGUGACCAAGUAUGCGUGUGGAGUGACGAUUUUAACUGAGCAAUUUCUAUUAACGGCAGCUCAUUGUACGUAUGAAGGAAGGCAAAUGCUUCCGGCGGAUCGUGUAUUUGUCAAAGUGGGAUUCAGUAAUAUGGACUUACCGGAAGACCAUGUGCGGCAAUUCAAUGUCGACAGGAUUACCAGACACGAAGAAUACAUUAUGGACACGUUUGAAAAUGACAUUGCGUUGCUUAAGCUGUCUUGUGAAAUUACCUUUACCAAUUACAUACAGCCCGUAUGUUUAUGGCAGGGUGAUACUCAGUUGAGCAAAAUUAUCUCAAAAAUAGGAUUCGUAGUUGGAUGGGGACUUCAUGAAGGGUAUAGUAUGCCCAAAAAGCUAUCCGAAGCAACGAUGCCAAUAGUAUCCAGCAAAAAAUGCUGGGAGAGUGAUAGGUGGCAUUACAGCAAGUAUUACUUCGAGUCGAAAACAUUUUGUGCAGGUCGCCGCAAUGGUACUCAUGUUAAUGCUGGAGACAGUGGAAGUGGAUUGUAUAUGCGGAUGGGAUCGAACUGGGUUCUCCGUGGACUUAUUAGUAAUGCCAAAACUAACCCGCUCACAUUAAAAGUACAGCCAGACAGUUACGCAAUAUUCACAGACGUUGCUUACUAUUUAAACUGGAUCAAAACAAAAGUGCCAGUCAUACCUCAUUUUGCUGUAGAUACAGAGCAAAUCACUGAAACUGAAUUUGACAGUGAUGCCAAUCUGCUUGACUUAAGUAAGUGUGGAAAGUAUACCCAUCCGUCAGAAACACAGGAAGAAGGAAAAGUAUUGGUGAACCAGUACCCCUGGGAGGUUGAUAUCAAAAUAUAUGACUCAAAAAAGCGAACUUACCGAGUCGGGUGCCUUGGAUUUUUGAUUCAUCCUACUUUUGUGAUUAGUAUGGCCAGAUGCUUGAAAUUACAUCAAAAUGGUAAUGAGAUUUUUGCAUGGAUUAACGACUUCAACGGCAAUGAAAAGUCAUAUUCAAGGAUUCGCAUUCAUGACACGUUUAUACAUCCGGACUUUUCGUUUCGAAAGAAUGCCAACGAUAUUGCAAUGGCAAAGUUAAACCGACCGGCUACUGUGAACCCAAUAUGUCUUCCUUUGUUGGACCCAUUGGAACUUCCCGAUAUCUCACAGCUGCACACGAUUGGUGUGGAUCUGAACGACACGGCCAGAUAUUUCCGAAACGUCACUCAGCUGAUCGAUUUGGAAAUCUGUCAGAAACAGCUUGACAGAACAAAUAAACGUAUGAAUUUGACUAUGGGUCAUGCUUGCAGCACUAAUGUUAUCGAGGACAUAGAUUUGAUGUAUUAUUUGGUAUCAGCUCCGAGGCAGCAUGGCCAACAAAAGUUCUUUGAUGGUCAAUACUUCCUGGCGGCCUUCAUGCUUCUUCAAGUCGAAGUUACCUCGUCGGAAUAUUUUUCAGUGUUCACAAAUGUGGCUUAUUAUUCCAAGUGGAUUCGUGAGACGAUUGGGCAAAACUAGGUAAUAAUGCGAAUUUAAUCAUUUUGAAGCAAAUUUGUAGCAAUAGUUAUAAAAAUAAAAACAGAUUUGAUUUGAGAACGAUUAUUUUCAUUGUUUCAUUUGAAGUGCAUAUUUAUUUUUGUUUCUGUAGAAUUGUUCAUUGCUCUGUCACAACUCUGGCCCUACGGUGUUUCAAUUACGUAAUUUGUAUCAAACAAUGAGCGUUUCACGAUUCUGCCCUAUUGACCAAGAGAUAUUUUCACCAUCGCAUAAUGUACAAAUUCGUGGAAAAAGUAAACCUUAUUCAGUUUCUGUCGACACAAAAAAUACAUAAUGCAACUAACAAACAAUAUCUAUAUUCUGAAGUAAAAACCCUGAUUAAUCCACCUAAUGGUGAUAGUGCCUUUCUCGUCGAAUAUGUACUUAUGAUCUUUCCGUCGACGUUAGCCGAAAUGAUCCUGAAUCCUGAGAACACUUUAUAUAGAAAAGCAACAAUUUUAACAAAGCCAUCAUAGAUUUGGGAAACUUAUUGAUGCCACACAUUCCGAUGUUAUGUUCAACGACAAAACAGAGCUGACAAAUAUCAGACCUCUCAGUUGACUACUUGAUUUCCUUAACUUUAUUCAAAAUCACAGAUCAUUUACGAUCUUCAACAUUCGACUUCGAUCUUCGAGUUUUUUUUUCAACACACUUUGGGCUAUAUUUUAUAAUUCUUGGUUUACGAUUCAUGUAAAUGAUCCAUCCUACACCGCAGGAAUCUGAAAUGGUGUGAUUUGAUGAGAUCGCUUUGGUCACGAUUUUGAUCUCUUGCAUAUAUGAAGACUUCGACAUUUUCUUAACUCUUAAUCGUACCCAACGUUUACCAGGCUAUAAAAAAAAAACACGAUUUGAUUUAUCACUAAAAUUAAUUUUGUUCACUUCCAUGAUUCCGCUAUUUAAUGUGCCGCAUGUAUGGGUUUGGUUCAAUUUUACGUUUGACCACUUCCGGCGGUAAACCUGGAACUCAUUCCAUGACACUAGCGAUUGUCCCAAAUAUGGUCUCAGACUGUCUUCUUGUCUGUUCAUCAGGUUACCUAAAAAGCCGCGAAUUGAUGUGUUGAAUGCAUGGGUUGACGUUUGACCAAUUCCGACGGGACACUCGGAGCCCGUUUCGGAUCACUACCAGGUUGUCUAAUGUGAUCUGAGGCUAUUUUCUUGCUAACCCUUUGAUUAGUUAUUGAAAAAAUCGCGAUUUUAUGUGUCGCAUGCAUGAUUUUGCCACAAUUCUAUAUUUAAUUACUUCUAACGAAAAAGCCUCAAUUUGAUGUGUCGCAUGCAUAGGUUCGGACUUUUAUAUUUGACCACUUAGGACGAGACACCCAGCAUCCGUUUUCGGAAUCGACCUGUUAUCCAAAAUAUGGUCUGAAACUAUUUUCUGGCUAACCGUUCAUCAGGUAACCUAAUAAAUCAUUUGAUACAUCGCACGUAUUGGUUUUCUUGUACAUUUGACCAUUUCCGGCGGUACACCCGGAAUUGGUUCCGUGACACAUUGAUAUGGUUUGAGACUAAUUUCUUGCCAACUGUUUAUCAUGUUACCUUAAAUUAGAUCCCUAAUGUGGUCUACUUUCUUGAUUACUGAUCAUCAGGUUAUUGAAAAUGCCGUGAUUUUAUGUGUCGCAUUCAUGAGUUUAGUUUACUUCUACAUGUGGCCACUUCCGGAGGGACACAAGGAACCGGUUCCGGAACACAACUGGUUCAGAUAUGAUCUGAGACUAUUUUCUUGCCAUCCGUUAAUUAGGUUAUCAAAAAAGCCACUCUUUGAUGUGUCGCAUGUAUGGGUUUGGUUCACUUUUACAUUUAGCCACGUCCGGUGGGACAUCCGGUACCGGUUCAAGAACACUAACGAUUCAGACAUGGUCUGAAACUAUUUUAUUGCUAACCGUUCAUCAGGUAAUCAGAAACCGACAGACCCCAAUGUGGUCUGUUCCUACUUUCUUAAUAAUCGGUCAUCAGAUUAUUGGAAAAGCUGUGAUUUGAUGUGUCGCAUGUAUGGGUUUGGUUCACUUUUAUAUUUGGUCACUUCCGGCGGAUCACCCGGAACCAGUUCCGGAACACUACCGGUUCAGAAACGGUCUGAGAUUAUUUUCUUGCCAACCGUUAAUUAGGUUAUCAAAAAAGCCGCAGUCUGAUGUGUCGCAUGCGUGGUUUUGGUUCACUAUUACAUUUAGCAACUUCCGGCGGGACAUCCGGAAGCGGUUCCGGAACACUACCGGUUCAGAUAUAGUCUGAGACUAUUUUCUUGCCAACCGUUAAUAAGGUUGUCAAAAAAGCCGUGCUUCGAUGUGUCGCAUGCAUGGCUUUGGUUCACUUUUAUAUUUGGCCACUUCUGGCGGGACAUCCGGAACCGGUUCCGAAACACUACCGGUUCAGAUAUGGUCUGAGACUAUUUUCUUACUAACCAUUCAUCAAGUUUUCGAAAAUACCGCAGUUUGAUGUGUCGUAUGUAUGGGUUUGGUGCAAUUUCAUGUUUGGCCCCUUCCAGGAGCACCAGUCCUGAACUCCUAAAUGGGACCAGAUUCCGCGUCGAAUGAACCGUCGGUCAUCAAAAUCGGUUGAGGUUUACUGUUCAAAAGUGAUGUGAGUUUUUUUGUCCACACACAUACACACACACAUACAUACACACAGACAGCACCUCAAUUCGUCGAGCUGAGUCGAUUGGUAUAUGUGACUUGACCCUUCCGAGCUUUCUAUCAAAAAGUCAUUUCUGGAGUGAACACAUAGCCUUUCCAGUACACUUAGUGUACGAGAAAGGCAAAAAAAAGGUAUAGAAUUAAGGUGAAAUCAAAAUUCUAGAAAAAACUCUUAUAGAAAUGGAUUCUCCAAGAAAAUAUGAAAAUAUGAAAACGCUAGCAACAACAUUCGACAUUAGUUAAUAAAGACUUCGCGACCCACCAAAAAUCGGCCCGUGACCCACCAAUGGGUCGUGCAUAGUAGGGAUGUAGUACCGGUAGUACCGGUACCAAAAAUACCGGUAUUACCGACCAAUUUUUGGUACCGAAAUACCGGUACUGACUGAACCUUGGUACCGGUACUUUCGGUACCGUGAAAUCUUUUCCGAAUUGCUGAAAUCCGGUUAUUAGUAUAGCCAAUAUGCAACGGAAAUAAAAAAAAAAACAUAACAUCAAGUACUUUAACAAACAAACAUUUCAUACCUAUAUGCAACUUUUCUGAAAAUCCAGGAUAUCAAGAUCCAGGUUUAAUGAAGGUUGUUCCUGUCUCAUUUUAGACUGACCAAGAUACUACCUGUGAAACUGCGCAGAAACUAAACAAUAGCUCCAAAAACAGUUUCAUACAACUCGUUUCUUUCUAUAUUACUGUUUAAUUUAGUACUCUCUUGUUAGCUUUAAUGACAUCCCUGAAAACCGGAAUUCACAAAUGCCUGGUAAAUUGUAGAUUUUCUGUGCAAAAUAGAUUACUCUUCAUUUUAGUGAAAAAUUACCAGUACCGGUAUUUUACCAGUACUACCAGUACUGUAAGACCGAAAUACCGGUACUCACCAAAAGUGGUCGGUACUGCGACCCCUAGUGCAUAGGCGAAACCACCGGGGGUGCCGGGGGUGCCAGGCACCCCCUAGAAUUUAAAUGCGUUGCUGUGAGAUAUGGGGCGAUUAAUAAUUAAUGGAUGAACUAAUGAAUAUUUGGUUUGUAGUGCACCCCCUAGCAAAAAUUCGUAGUUUCGCCAAUGGGGUCGUGACGAGAAACGCUGGUGUAGUGCAUCUAUCGAGGAAGAAGUGCCAGUGCGGAGUUUUUAUUAGUUCGUAAAGAUAGAUAUUGCAUUCGAAAGAAGCAUUUGGGGUCUGUGCACUGAAAGCAACCCACGUAUAAAGAACCAACAAUCAACAAAUAGUAAGCAAUUUUCGAGCAGAAAAGAACACCAAGUGAAUAACAUACCGAGGUAUUAAUCUUAAAUGCCAUUAUACCUCGAUAUGCUCUUUAUUAGGUAGUAAUACGAGUCAAAAUAACAAAAACGAAUACCAUAAUUUUGUGUGAAUAACACCUAGAAAAGUCUCGUUGUUUCAAUAAUGAAUGCAUACCUAAAUGUUUAACUGCUGUAUUUGUUAACAAAUGUUGCUGUAUUGAAUAACAAAAAAAUAGCAUUUGUUAUUAAAUUGCACAUUUGUUCGAUAGCUCCAUCAUGUAAUAACAAAUCUUGUUAUUCAGUUAUUUUCACUGCUAAUCAACAACUAGCACAUCAACACCAAACUCUGCUCAAAUACCCCCAAUUAUUAUUGUGAUGUUCUCACAACAUAUAGUACAACAUAACAAAAACAAUGUUAGGUAUUAUAGCACAGGCUGCGCUUUGCGUGGUAUUUGUAAGGUUCUGCUCGGGUUAUUUCAUAUUUUUGCUACUGUAAGAAUGGUUUUCUUCAAAAUAUUUCAAUGAAAAUUUAACAU